AUGGAGCGGAUCCCCAGGGCGCAACCAUCCCCCGCCUGCCUGCCCAAAGCACCCGGACUGGAGCACAGAGACCUACCAGGGAUGUACCCUGCCCACAUGUACCAAGUGUACAAGUCAACACGGGGAAUAAAGCGGAGCGAGGACAGCAAGGAGACCUACAAAUUGCCGCAUCGGCUCAUCGAGAAAAAGAGACGUGACCGGAUUAAUGAGUGCAUCGCCCAGCUGAAGGAUCUCCUACCCGAACAUCUCAAACUUACAACUUUGUGUCACUUGGAAAAAGCAGUGUUUCUUGAACUUACCUUGAAGCAUGUGAAAGCACUAACAAACCUAAUUGAUCAUCAGCAGCAGAAAAUCAUUGCCCUGCAGAGCGGUUUACAAGCUGGUGAGCUGUCAGCGAGAAAUGUCUAA